AGAUUAAUCAUUACAGAAACAUGAAUAAAGGCAAGAGGAGAAGAGUAAAGCAGAUUGGCAUGGAGGGCUCCUAUGACUUUGACUCUGAGGAGGAGGAGGAGGAGGAGGAGGAAGGAGAACAAGAGGAGAGGGAACAAAUAGCAGAGCACGAAGAACCGGGACAAGAGGACGAAACACAAGAGUGGAGGCGUGGGCGCUUCACACCCGCCCAGGAGGAGGAGCUGGCACAGUGGUUUUGUGACAACCCUUGUUUCUACGACCAGUCGCAGAGGUUCCACUUCAACAGGGCCAAGAGGGACAAGAUGAUGCAGGACAAGGCCAGGUCCAUGGGCUUAAAUGCGUCCAAGCUGCAGACGUGGUGGAACACCAUGCGCACCCGCUAUGGCAAACUGAGGGGCACAGUGGGCAAGUCCAGUUCAGGAGGCAGGAAGCCCACACCCAGGCAGGCGUGGGUGGUGAGGAGGUUCUCCUUCCUAGAGUCUUACCUACAAGUGAGGAGCGCCAGUGCCCGCCAUGCACUCGCACCCAGACAAAAACCAGCAGCAGAGGCAGCAGCAACAGAGGAGGAGGAGGAGGAGGAGGAGGAAGUGGCCCCGCCUGAGCAGCCUGCCUCCAGCUCGUCUGCUGCAUCCACACCCGCACAGGCCACACCUGGCACCUUCGCAGGCUCCGCUCAUCGCAGGGGUGCCCAAGCAAUGUCUCGUUCUUCAGAGGAGGCCAUGGCAGAGAUGUCCUCACGAAUGGUAGUACUUAUGCCCCUGCAGGAUCAGAUGAAGCAAUUCAUGACAGAUGCCAGGAACAAAAAGGUGUCCUUUUGUUCCUGGGUAGCAAAUGAACUGGAGCCCCUGGACGCAGCGUGGUCCACCUGCUGUCAAGAAAUUUUUGCCGUUGUGAUGCGGCACAGGGACUCGUUCAUGAAGGGACAAGUCUCCCAACAGUUCAGGCAAGCUGCUCCUCAACAGUUUCAGCAAGCUGCUCCUCCUCAGCAGUUCCAGCAUGCUCCUCCUCAGCAGUUUCAGCAAGCUACUCCUCAGCAGUUCCAGCAAGCUGCUGCUCCUCAGCAGUUGCAGCAAGCUCCUCCUCAGCAGUUGCAGCAAGCUGCUGCUCCUCAACAGUUCCAGCAAGUUCCUCCUCCUCAACAGUUCCAGCAAGCUGCUGCUCCUCAACAGUUGCAGCAAGCUGCUGCUCCUCAGCAGUUCAGCCAGCCUCAGCCAUUUCUUGCACAGCUUGGGUCACAGCCAGGGUCACAGCAACACGUCUUUUCGGCAACCAGCCUUGGCAAUAUCUCACUGGAUCUUGACGGUAGUUUUCUCAGUAGCCAGACUGACCCGCUGGAUGCGCCAGCACGGUCCAGCAUGCCGUGGAAACAGAAAAAGGACAAAAGGGGCAAGAAAAGAGGAGGCCACUGAAAACCGUAUAGGAUGGUUUCUGAAAUUGUUUUUUGGCAGUAGCGCCGGUAGGCUUUCUUGGUUGGGCCUGGUAGUCGGCUCAAGCCCGUCUUGGCGCAGGUAAGUGUUUAUAGUGGUUCCAUCUAUUCUUGGCUCAUGAUGCCCCCGGAGCUCAUUCUUGAUUUCCCUCGAACAGUUCUUCUUAGAAUCCAGGUUGAUAGGUGGUCUUCAGGACAGCAUGUAAGUAGUUGUAGGCCACUCAACAGUGACUUGAAAAAUCCCAGGUGGUGGAGGCGGAUUCAAACCCACGACAUCCAGAACGCAGCGGAACGCGGGAUCGACACGCUAACCACUCAGCCCCCACCUCCCCCAAUUUGUUAUAACUGUAAAGUGGACUAUGGCAAAGGACUUUCCUGAAACUUUUUGCUUUAAUAUUCUGUGUGACAUGAUAUUUCUAGUAUUGUAAGUUCUUGAUGGUUGAUAAAUAUGUAUUCAUAUGACACAUCAGUUUUUUAUUCAUAGUAUAAAAUGGGGAAAAAAUAAAUGCUGCUGAAUGAAAAGAUAUUUUUGGCCAAAAUAAAAACUAUUUUAUUUC